UGUGUGGCUGCGGGAGACCAAGAUAAUGUACUAUGUAGUAGUAUUUUAAUAUUGACUAAAAGAUAACGUUAUUCUAGUUGAUUAAUGCUCUUUAUGAAUAUAGAUUAUGUUAAAAUUGUCUUGUUUCGAGAUAAUAAGUAUAUCUAAGUGUAUCUAAUAAACGGGUCAUGUUUUAAAAGAUCCAUCAAAUAUUAAUAUUUUUAAGUGGAUUGUAUUGCGACUGUGAUAUAUCUCAUGCGUCUUCCAAUUUUAUCUCGUAAACAGUUGGUUACAGUGCAAUAAAUAUAUAGGACGGAAUUAUUGUUAUAUUGUUACUAGUUUAAUUAAAUAAAAAUGGUUGAAGCUAGUAAACUUUGGUUUGAAAGUGCAUGCAGAGACAGUAGAUGCUCUGAACUGAUUCACCCCUGGACUUAUCGAUGUUCUGAUGCUACUCAAACCAUGCUGAUUAGCUGUAUAAAGGGCAGCUAUAAGUUCUAUGCUAUGGUUUACAUUAUCCAAAUAUUAAUGAGAGGGAAAAAGUUGGGCAAAAAGGAAAUGUUAGAACAAUUCAAACUAUAUUUGAAAUCUGGAAUAUUUGGUUUGACUGUUGGAAGUUCAUUUGUCACAUUGAACUGUAUAUUCAGGAGUUUGUUUUUCAGUCAAUUCUCAUACUACACAACUGUGUUACUACCAUGCACGGUGAGCGGUCUAGCUGUAUACUUCGAACCACCAUACCGAAGAGUUAUGGUUGUCAACUUGUUUGUUAAUCUGGUGUUCGAGUACUGGGUACGGACAUUAGAAAUGAAAGGUUGGCUACGACGGUCUCCAGGCAAGGAAACCUUAGUCUUCAUGCUGGGUAGCGCUGUCUUCUUCUAUCUCUUGAGGCUAGACAGAGAGAACGACAAACGUACACCUCUGUUUUGGUUCUUUACUCCACCGCGUGUAUCGAAAGAGGUUGGCGAGCCUGUGACUGGUAUUGAAGGUAGAAGUCCCGCGUGCCCGCACAAAGGGCCAUGCAUAAACUAUAUUUUAAAGGGAACAGCACAACUCUUCGGUGUUGGAUACGCCAUGACGUUACUAAGAACGAUUAUACCAAAGAUAUUGACGCCUAGAAAAGCAUUAAAAGCUUUGAGACUGUCGCAACUGAAACUAGGACUCUUCUUUGGAGGAUAUAUUGGUUUAUAUAGGUUAGUAGUGUGUAUCCUGUGCCGCUCGCACGGCAAGGACAGCGCGCUGUUCGCGCUGCCGGCCGGCUUCCUGUCGGGGCUCGCCUUCCGCGCCGCGCCCUCGCUGCCCAUCGCACUGGCGCCUGUCACAUCAGCUCUGCAGAUCUUAGCCUCGUGGGGCUACCAGAAAGGCAUGAUCCCUGCCAACUGGCCGCUGGUGGAACUCCUGUACUGUCUCUGCCAAGGUCUGCUGUUCCACGCGCGAGUCAUGCACGAAGACGUCUGUCCGAGAUACAUCAUCAACUUGAUGCACACUGUUACUAGUUCCAAAGCCGACGAAAUUCAAUCUGCCUUUAUACAGAAGAUACUGAGAGAUAAGUUAGCUUAAGUUUACGUUUCGUAUUUCUAUGAAUUAUAUUGUUUGUGAAAUAGAUACACGGUGCAAGUACCUAACUGAUAGUCAAUUACGAAAUACAACUCUAACACUUCGAUUUAAAGCUUUAAAUUGAAUGAUGCCACGUAAUAAGAUUACUUUUCUAAGGCAUCAAUAGGUUUUGUACAUUAUAGUAUUCGACUUUUAGAAACUAAGCGAAUCAAUGGUACAAUGGUGCAGUGGUGGGGACUAAACAGUCACGAAUAAGUACAAAGUCGUUACAUAACAAAACUUAUUUAUAUUUUUUUUAAUUUAAUGGACAUUAAACAAAUCUUUUGCUAUCAUCGCGAGAUACUUCCACCGUGUUGUUCCAACAUUAUGACCUACAUAUAUGUCUACUAGGCAAGUCUGUGAUUUAUGUUAUUCAGAUAUUUUGUGGUACAGGGUUUAUUUUUAAUGGGUAUCAUUAUUUAAAGGUUUGGUGUUCACUCUGUAAAGAUUCCACUAAUAUAAAUAUCUAAUAAGUAAGUAAAAUAUGUCUAUGGAGCGCUCCUACUAUGUUUAAGAACUUGCCCUGAUUGCUAUACAGGAGGUCAGGGGUUUAUUUCCCACUCAGGACAAAUAUUAGUGUGAUGAUCAUUUGUUCUAGUGUAGUGUAUCUAUAUUAUGUAUGUAUUU